AUCACACGUGCAUAUAUAAAUGUAGCAAAUAGGAUUUUUCUCUCUCUCUCACACAAACUCUCUCUCUCCUUCUCCCUCUCCCCAUUUUAUCGCAGAACAGCGAAAAAGGUUUGUUCCUCAUUUUCGCCAAAAAGCUGAUAUUUCAUUGGCUGCUCUCUACUCGAUUAUCACUCUGUAUCUUCUCACAGCACCAAAAAGUUCUCUUCAUGGCCAACGGCGUAGCAGAAAUCGAAUACCAAGAGAAGUAUAUAGAGAACAGUCGUGGAAUGAAGCUGAUGACGUGCAGAUGGGUUAGUGGGAAGCAAGAACCGAAAGCCUUGGUCUUCAUGUGCCAUGGUUACGCCAUGGAAUGCAGCGUCACGAUGAAGAGCGCAGGACGGAGGCUGGCGGAGGCAGGAUUUGAAGUGUAUGGGAUGGAUUAUGAAGGGCAUGGGAAAUCGGAAGGGCUGGCUGGUCUUGUGAGUAAUUUCAAUGACGUUAUCCAAGAUUGCUCCAACUUCUUCUCCUCAAUUUGCGAGAAGGAAGAGAACAAGAAGAAGAUGAGGUACCUGCUUGGGGAAUCCAUGGGAGGAGCUGUGGCUCUCUUAUUGCACAGAAAAAAGCCUCACUUCUGGGAUGGUGCUAUCUUGGUUGCUCCCAUGUGCAAGAUAGUGGAUGAAAUGAAACCGAGCCCUCUGGUGAUCAACAUGUUGACGGCUCUAAGCAAGAUCAUCCCCACGUGGAAACUAGUGCCAACCAAGGACAUAGUUGACCUUGCCUUCAAGGAUUCCGAAGUUAGAAAACAGAUUAGAAAUAACCCACUGUGCUACAAAGGACGACCUAGAUUGAAAACAGGACACGAACUUUACAGAGUCAGUACAGAACUAGAGCAAACGUUGCGCGAGGUUUCACUACCGUUCUUGGUUCUACACGGUGAAGAUGACAAAGUGACAGAUAAGUCAGUAAGCAUUCAGCUGCAUAAGGUGGCUUCAAGCAAAGAUAAGACGCUAAAGUUGUACCCGGGAAUGUGGCACUCUCUUCUCAUCGGAGAGCCGCCGGAGAACUUGGACACCAUUUACAAAGACAUCGUGGAUUGGCUUAACGACAAAUGCGUGCAUGGAAAUACCAGAUUAGAGAGCGAGCUUAAGAACCAGAACGAGGAUAAAUAAUCCAACAGCUAAUGCUAAGACAACGUACAGCAUAACAAGCCAGUAUUUUUAUUUCUAUUUGAAUUAAGGUUUUUAUUAACUUAUAUGCACCUACCAUAUCGUGUAAUUUAUAGUGGGCGUCUGUACACUUGGUUUUUGAAGAAUUAACAUUUGGUGUA